AUCGCCGUGAAAUAUCUUCACAUAUAUAUACUUGAUACAUAAUAAACCAACUAUUUAUAAAUCAAAAGGAAGAAAAACACUUUGGAAAGCAUAAAAAUAUGUACAAUCAAAGCUGCGCGUUCUCAUAUGGGACGACGGAUAAUAUUUGACUUGAAAGAAGGAAGAAACUAAUCUGAUUCUUUUGAGUCUGCAGGAAAGGGAAGCUUAAACAAACUGUGUUGACCGGAUUCAAAUGGAAUGUCUUACUAGUCAGUGACUCCCCUGUUGUGUGGACAUAUUUAUAAUUUCAAACAUGGAGAUUGUAUUUUCAAUUUAUUUUUUGCUACACUUUUCUACCAAAGUGAGCUCUUUUGAACAACUUAUCAAACCCGGAAUGACAGUGGCUACAAGUAGUUCUGUCGGAUGGGGAGGCUUUGCAAACAAGACAGUCGAUGGAAACUAUUCACAGAAUAAUUAUACAUACUGCAUGCAUACAGAAAAAGGACACCGAGAGGCAUGGCUGAAAAUUGACUUAGGGGAUGUUUACAAUUUGAAGAGUGUCAAAAUAUGGUACAGGGCUGACAAUAAGAUUGAAAGUGUAAACACCAAAAGAUUAAAAGGGUUUUCUAUCCGUUUGUCCAAGUUACCGGAACUAAAUUCCAGUGAAAUAUGUUAUCAGGAUCCUGGAAACGAAUCACUUCCUAUUAUGUUAUCGAGGUUCUGUAAAGGUGUAGCUCGGUACGUAUGGUUCUACACGGACAAAGACAAUGGUGGUGGGGUGUUCCUGGAAAUAUGUGAAGUGGAUGUUUACGGUUGUCCAGAAAAACAUUCUGGGGAAAAUUGUUCCAAAUGUAAUUAUAGUUGUUAUGAUACCUGUGAUAUCAUAAAUGGAGAAUGCAGCUGUACCAAACCGGGCUACGAACCUCCUGAAUGUGUCAAACAGUGUCCGAAAUGGUGGUAUGGACCUAACUGUAAGAAUCGUUGUGAAAAUUGCAAAAAAGGGGUAUGUGACCAUGUAACAGGAGAUUGUGAGAAGGGCUGUAAGAAUGGAUGGAAAAAUGAUAUUAAAUGUGACCAGCCAUGUAAUAAGGGUUAUUACGGUAAGAAUUGUUCGAAAUCCUGUGGACGUUGCGCAAACAAAAAAGCAUGUAAUUUUAAAAAUGGCAACUGCCCUUCUGGAAAGUGUGAACCAGGGUGGACAAGUACACUGGGAAAAAACGGAAGAAAGGGAAAAAAAUGCGAUCAAGAAUGUCCGAAUGGAACCUUUGGAUUGAACUGUAAGCAUAACUGCAGUGGACAUUGCACAGGAGGAUUGUCAUGCAACAAAACGACCGGGAUCUGUGAUGCUGGUUGUACAAAUGGAUGGAGAACUCCGCGCUGCAGUAAAAAAUGCAAUGAAGGCUUUUAUGGAAAGAACUGCAUUAAUCCAUGUGGACACUGUGCCAACAAAUCAGCAUGUGAUCACGUGACAGGUUUCUGUCCAUUAGGAAACUGUGCACCCGGAUUUAAAAGUUUCUCCUAUAAAAGCUGUGAUAAAGAAUGUGAUGACAAAACGUUUGGAAAAAACUGCGAGGAAACUUGCAGUGGACAUUGUAGAGGGGGGUUGCCAUGUAAUAAAACAGACGGAAGAUGUCCUGGAGGAUGUGCAGAUGGGUGGAUGAAUCCCUAUUGCAAUGAAACGUGCAGUCAUGGCUUAUAUGGAAGGGAAUGUAGAUUUCCCUGUGGUAAAUGUGCCAGAAACGCACAUUGUAACCAUGUGAACGGUUCCUGUCCUUUCGGUGACUGUAUGCCUGGAUUUAAACAAAAAGACGACCAGAGAUGCGAUAAAGAAUGCGAUAAAGGAUCCUUUGGAGAUUUCUGUGAGAAAAACUGUAGUGGACACUGUGCAGAGGGAUUGCAUUGCAACAAAACCGACGGUGUCUGCCCCAGAGGUUGUGAAGAUGGAUGGAUAUUGCCUAACUGCAAUGAAACAUGCAAGAAAGGAUUCUAUGGUACAGUAUGUAGUCUGUCCUGUGGAUUUUGUGCUUUGAACGCAACGUGUGAUCACGUGACCGGUUCCUGCCCUUCUGGUCUCUGCCAACCAGGAUGGAAGAAAACACAAGAUAAACGAUGUGACAAAGAGUGUGAAUAUGGAUCCUUUGGAAAGCAUUGUAUGUACAGCUGCAGCCGACAAUGCAAAGAGAAAUUACACUGCAAUAAAAUCAACGGGGCUUGUUUUGGAGGAUGUAAAGACGGUUGGACAAAUGACCAGUGCAAUAAACCAUGCAGUAUCGGGUGGUAUGGCAAAGACUGCCAGGAAAAGUGUGGUCACUGUGGAGGUACUGAGACCUGUCGUCAUAUCAACGGUUCCUGUCCAGGACAAUGUGGACCUGGAUAUCAAGGAGAGAAAUGUGACAUCGAAUGUGAGGACGGGGCAUUUGGAUUCAGUUGCAAUAACUCUUGUGCUAAAGGUUGUUUGUCAGUCUGCAAUAAGAAAAUUGGAACAUGUGAUCAGUGCCUAUCGGGGUAUAUAGGAGACUUCUGCAAUAUAACUGUUGCAGAAUCCCAAGCACAGGAUUCGACAAUGCCUGCUGCAGGAGUAGGUAUACCAAUUACUAUAAUUGUCGUCAUAGCACUCACUGCUUUAGUGACUGUUCUCAUGAGAAAAGCAAGGCAGAAGAAAGCUGCUGAUUUGGAUCUUCCAGAGAGGAAUAAAAUUAUAUAG